AUGAUUUUUGGAUGUUUUUUGGUAAUUGUUCCAGUAAAAAUUAUUCAAUGAAAUUCGAAAUAAUUUUUUAGUCUCUGUAAAUAAACGAAUGCCUGUGAAUGUGUGAGUGUUGCUAAUGUAUUUUCUACUUACGUAUUUUUGUACUCCAGAUAAAAAAUUGUAAUUAAAAAUAAAAAGAGGGGAAAAAAGUGAUGAAAAAAAUGAUAAAAGAAGUGGAAAUCUGUUAAUAACUGUGAAACGAUGCGUUCAAUGUAAACACUUGAGCCAUCUGCUACAUUUUCGCUCGAUGAUGGCAUCUGCGAGGAAGCGGGAGUCAGUUCGCCUGAGCUUCCGUCGCAUUAAACAUCUCUUGUUCUCCAAAAAAAGACCAACACAAUAAAAAAAAAGGCAUCGUUGAGAAUUCCGUUUACCGAUUAAUUAUCGAUUAAUUAUAAGAGCACGAGAAAAAAUUACGAGUGAAUCCAAAAUUCGAGAAUAUAAUAAAAAAAUAUUCAAUCCCUUUUUUUAUAAAAUUUCUGCCACUUUUCCCUCUAUUAACCUAUCGCGAUCAGGCCCUACGAAUCAAUCCUGCAACUGAAUAAAACCCCACAGCCUGGUGAAAAAAUUCCCUAGAGAUAAUUCCCCAGAUCAGAAAAAUCGGCAGUAAAAAAAUGAAGGGAGCAUUUGAAAGUGACUUGAUCUACUUCUCCCCGACGUCUCGCCUGCUGUAUCAACUGCUGAUCUACCCGAUAGUGUCGAUCGGCUUCCUGGGAAAUAUGGGAGUCGUGAUCCGCCUCUUCCUGAUCCCCACGAAGACCUGCCUGAAGCCGUUUUACAGGGCUUCACUGGUGUCCCUGGCCCUCUCCGACCUUCUGCUCCUGGGGACGACUGGCCCCAACCUCUUGAGCACUUUAUCCUCCAGGACUGUUCUCUGGAGCCUCGAGGAAUGGGCAUGUAUGGUCCUCCCGUUUCUCCAGACUGCGGCUGUCCUGGUGGCAUCGCUGAUUCUCGCUGGAAUCGCCAUCGAUCGAUUCACCGCAUUCAAAAGAAAAAUAUCGAUCACCCGGGGCCCAGGGUGGAUUCCAACUGCCUCCUAUGUUCUACUAGUCUGGAGUGUAGCCGCUGGAGCGGCGUAUCCAGUUUUGGAUCUAUAUAAACCUCAGAGUCUUCAGAUAAUAAACAAUUCAACGAUUUAUCGAGGUAGUCUCUGCGUCAACGACAGGGAAAAAGCAAAAACUGCGUACAUCGCCAUUUUCAUCGUCAUUUUUCUGCCCCUUACCGUCGUCUUCCUCGCAGUGCACGUUCUCCUGGCCCUGAGCAUCAACCAGAGGAGGACACCGGGGGACUCCUCGAGGUCGGAGACGAACUUCUCCAGCGAGAAUUCAACAGGUUAUAGAGAGAACGCAUCUGAGUUACAAAAAAAUAAAAAUGCAAGUGUUUUCCACUCAAAAAUCUUGUUUAUAGCCUCCACAAAUCUCAGUAGACAGAGAUCGGGGAUUCCCAAGUGCAGAGUCCCUUUGCCGGCGCAUGCGCAAAGGAAAAAGCGAACAGUUCGAGUGAUUCUGCUUCUCAUUCUGGUGUUCGUCGUCUGCAGGCUUCCUCAAUGGAUUUUCCUCCUCUUGAAGACUCUGGUGGUGACGAAGGGGGGGAUGUGGUGGCACCUCCAGGUCGUCCUGUCGACCCUUGCUCUCUUCAAUGCCGCCAUUCAUCCAUUUCUCUACGCAUUCUUGAAUGAAGCCUUGUCCAUCGCACACUGGGCUAGAUUAAUCUGCUCGAGAAACCGAAAAUCAAUCGAUAUCGAGAAUACCGAUUCCAGGGUCAAUAACAGAAAUUUCGAACAGAUUAAAGUGCCUCGGGGACCGUACGCUCCAUAAAUAACCGUCAAAUGUCCGAAUAUUAUUCGAUCAAUCCUAAUUAAAUUUGUCUUUGAUUUGUGAUAUUGACGUUG